AAUGGGGCCUAAUAAUUUUGGCUAUGAAUGCCGAUAUCCAAAGGAGUAUGGAGCAUUUGUAAAAGAAAUUAUUUGGACAAGAAAUAAUAAAGUAUUGAACUUAGAAAGAAAUGUCGUUAGGCCAUUAGUGGAAGAUAUAUUGAAAGAAAUAUCUAACAAGAAGAAAUCUAUAUUUCUAUUGGAAGGGAAAUAUCAAUGUUUCAUUGUUUUACCAAAUGCAAAACUAUCUUCAAAACCAGUGAAAGUAAGAUUAAGGGUUGAUAAGAUGCAUUUAAUAAUUGAUAUGGAAAUAGUUAAUAGCAGUAUAGAGAAAAAAUUGACUGAAAUUAUUCAAAAUACGGUUACUACUUUUGGGAAAUAUGAACCGUCCUUUGUAGAACUAUUAAAAAUAUCCAAAUUGAACUCGAAAAGUAAUAGAUAUUCUUACAUGAUUAAUAUCUCUCGUAGAAGGAAAAAGUUCAGCAGAUACCCUCAGCAGAAUGAGCAACUGUAUCCUUCUGGAGAAUAUGAGUCAUCUUUAAAACUUAAACUAAGACGCAGUCUUGAGGAUAGAGAAUAUCCAGUAUUAAGUUUGAGGUUAUACUGGGAAAAAUGUCAAAAAAAAGUAGUUUCUUCAAAAAAUUAUGGAGCUAUAACUUUUAUAGGAGUAAAAUAUGGUAGAGUAUCACGUUCAAAAGAGAGAUGCUUUAAUGGUAAACAUAUUGGAAAGGUAAAAUGUUUAUUAAUAAAUAAUACUGUAACCAAAUGGGAUGAUAAUAUUAUUUGGAGACCAGUAGAAGAUUGUAACCCAAAAACAGAUUCCUUAAACAGUAAUAUUGACUUAAAGAAUAUGUCAAUAGACUUGUCAGAAAAUGUAAACAUAGUAUUUGAGGAAUUGAAAAACAUAACAAAAUCAAGGACUCUAAAAUCGAUAGAUAUUUAUUAUAUAAAUAAUAUAAUAAGUAAUGCACAGAAAGAGGAAACAUUACAAGACGAAAGCACAUUUGAAAAUUUAUUACAAACGACAAAAAAUCUAUUACACAUUGAUGAAAAUACAAUAACUAAGACGAAAAAUACGUCAUUUAGUUUACCAAUAAUUAUUAAUAAUGUUGAAGAAAUAGCUAAAACGAUCAAGUUAGAUAAGGAUAGCAAAAGAUUCUUUACAAAUGAAAUAUCAAUUGAUAUAAAACAAAGUAAAAACUUUAACUUCAAUUGCUUCGUCGUAAAAGAUUUGGAUGAAAAUGGAACAUUAAAUAAUAAUUCAAUUGAGUUUAAUUGGCUUGAUAAUGAAAGUCAGUUAAGUAAUUCUGUUGCUGCUAUACAUUUUGAAAGCAGUCUCAUCAGUGAUGAUGAAGAUGAACGUCUUAUUACUAAAAUAAUUUCUAAGGAAAAUGUCUUUCAGAUGAAUUCCAGUAUUAAACCUAUUACUAAAAUUAUUAGUGCCUCCUUUACAUCAGAGCGAAUGAUAGACAUUUAUCCUCCUAUUACACUUGUAUUUUUACCCGAUAAUAACCUUACAAUUAAAAACUUAUCAAAGAUUAAAUGUGUGUAUUGGGAAGAUAAUCUACAUGAUUGGUCAAUGGAUGGAUGUUAUUUUGAUAGAAUGGAAAAUAACAGAAUAUUUUGCAAAUGUAAUCAUUUUACCAAUUUUGCUGUAUUACUAGAUAUUGAAAGGGAUGAUAAUGAAGAUUUUGAAGCCUUUUCAAUUGUUACAACAGUUGGUCUAUGGAUUUCUAUUGUUGGUUUAUCCUUAAUUAUUAUAUGUUUUCUCAUAUUUACGUAA